AUGGAAAACCUUACGCCGGAACAAUGGCGAGAGAUCGUCAACAAGAAAAUGCGUUUCCCCCCGGAGUUGAUCACCGCCAUCCGGGAGGGGAACGUGGUGCUGGUGUGCGGCCUGCUGAAGAGCGGGGACGGGAUUAUCCGGCAGCUGGACGACUCGGAGGACCGGCUGUGGAGAGAGGCCCUGAACCUGGCCAUCCGGCUGGGCAACGAGGACACCAUGGACGCCCUGCUGCAGGGGGUCAAGUUCGACUUCCGGCAGAUCCACGAGGCGCUGCUGGUGGCCGUGGACACCAACCAGCCCCGUGUGGUCAAGCGGCUGCUGGACCGCCUUGACCAGGAGAAAGGCGUGGGCAACAACAAGGUGGACGUGCGCUCCUUCUCGCUGGCUAUCUUCGACCACUCCAUCGACGACUCGCAGUUCGCCCCCGGCGUGACCCCGCUCACCUUGGCCUGCCAGAAGGACCUGUACGAGAUCGUCACCAUGCUGACCAAGAAGGGCCACGUCAUCCCGCGGCCCCACAGGAUCUCCUGCACCUGCCUGGAGUGCCGCAACGGGCGCCAGUACGACCUGCUCAAGUUCUCGCUGUCCCGCAUCAACACCUACAGGGGCAUCGCCAGCCGCGCCUACCUGUCCGUCACUGCUGAGGACGCCAUGCUGUCUGCCUUCCGGCUCAGCCGUGAGCUCCGGAAACUCUCCAAGAAGGAGCCAGAGUUCAAGCCGCAGUACCUGGGCCUAGAGGAGCUGUGCCAGGAGUUUGCUGUGGAGCUGCUGGGGAUGUGCCGGAACCAGAGCGAGGUCACCACCAUCCUGAACAACUGUGGCGAGGACAGCGAGGACGAGCUGGACGGGCAGACCUUCGAGGAGGGCAUUCCCAACCUGGCCCGCCUUCGCCUCGCCGUCAACUACAACCAGAAACAGUUUGUGGCCCACCCCAUCUGUCAGCAGGUACUGUCCUCCAUCUGGUGUGGGAAUCUUUCUGGCUGGAGGGGUAGCAGGACAGCCUGGAAACUGCUUGUGUCAAUUGGGAUCUUCCUCACCAUGCCCUUCCUCUGCCUCAUCUACUGGAUCGCGCCCAAGUCCAAGCUUGGGAAGAUACUAAAGAUCCCUGUGAUCAAGUUCCUGCUCCACUCUGCCUCCUAUUUGUGGUUCCUCAUCACCCUUUUGGGAGAGUCCAUCACCAUGGAGAUGUACCGCGAUGAGUUUGCCUCGAGGCACCAGAACAUCCUGCAUACCUCCUUCCAUAUGGUCUGGGUGGUGGGUUUCUUCUGGUUCGAGUGUAAGGAGGUGUGGAUCGAGGGACUGCGCAGUUACUUCCUGGACUGGUGGAACUGCCUGGACAUGAUGGUGCUCAGCAUGUACCUGGCCUCCUUUGCGCUGCGCGUUCUGAUCAUGCUCAAGGGCUACUUCCUGUGCCAGGCUCCUGAUUUGGCAGAGGAGUGUGCCUACUUCACAGAGACCGAUCGUCAGGACUGGCGGCAAGAGGACCCCCAGUUGAUCGCGGAGGUGUUGUUUGCAGUGACCAGCAUGUUGAGCUUCACCCGCCUGGCCUCUAUCCUGCCUGCCCAGGAGUCCCUCGGGACCCUGCAGAUCUCUAUCGGAAAGAUGAUUGAUGACAUGAUGAGGUUUAUGUUCAUCUUGAUGAUCAUUGGAACAGCUUUCCUGUGUGGAAUCAACAACAUAUACGUGCCCUAUGUCAUCUCACCGCAACUGGGACGGUUCAACGAGACAUUCCGCUUCCUCUUCUGGACGAUGUUCGGUGUGGCCAAUCAGGAUUAUGUGGACAUGCCAGAUUUUGUGGUGGCUGAGUUUGUGGGUCGGAUACUCUACGGGAUCUACACCCUGGUCAUCGUCAUCGUCCUGCUCAAUAUGCUCAUCGCCAUGAUCACCAACUCCUUCCAGAAGAUUGAGGAUGAUGCUGACGUGGAGUGGAAGUUUGCACGGUCAAAGCUCUACCUAAGCUACUUCAGGGAGGGCCUCACCAUGCCUGUCCCUUUCAACAUCAUCCCCUCGCCGAAAGCUUUCUUCUACCUCAUACGGGGCAUUUUCCGCAGGAUCUGCUGCUGCUGCAGCUGCGAUUCAACACCAGAUUACCCUCCCAUACCCUCCAUCUCCAAUGGAACACUGAAUGAUAGUGGGGGGCCGGGGGAAGAGCGUGUGCCAUACCGGCAGCAGGUCAUCAGGGCUCUGGUGCAGCGCUAUAUCGAAUCGGCACGCCGGGAGUUUGAAGAGACCAAACGCAAAGACGUGGGCAAUCGGAUCACGGAGCUGAGCAAAGUGGUGGGCCGGCUGCACUCGGAGCUUAAGCAGAUGCACCAGAACCUAAGAGACCCAACGUCCCGCGGCCACCCUGACACAGAGGGCUCCUCCAUCCUGGGGAAGUACAUCAUGGGGGCCAAGAACAACUUCCGGGGUUUCGACAGUAGGCCAGCAGCAGAGAUCAGCCAUGCACCUCUGCAGGUGACAGUUCAUCACCCCUCAGAGGAGGGGAAAGCAGAGGAGGGUCUGCAAGAGAAGGUGAUGGAAGAAGGGAGCGUGGAGCCGGAAAUUAAGAUGGAGGAGGGGAGGGUGGAGGCAGGGAGGGAGAUGGACGUGAGCAAGGUGGAGAAGGAGACGGUCGAGGAGGAGAUGGAGAAGUGGAAGCUGGAGAGGGGCAGGUCAGAGGAGAAGGUUCCGGAUAAUGAGGCCUCAUCUCCAACCGACAGCAAGAGUUCUCAGGACACAGGUUUUGGGUCCCAAGAAGGGGAGGAAUCAAUCAUGGGACCAACAGAGCGGCAUAAAAACAAAAAUAAAAAAUAG